CGUCAUUCGUUCUCGAAAGCAACGAAGGCUGCUUGGCUUGGGAAGAAGGCAGAGUUCACUGUAUACAGCUCGGGGCUUUUGAGAUCCAUUCGAGCUCUCGCUCAGCCUCGCCCACAGAAGAGUGUGUUGGUCAUCCUGUGGCGUUCUCGGGGGUCUUAUCGGCGUGAGCACAGCCACCCGCUCGGCCCAGCAACCCUUCAUCGGUCGCCGACGGCCGGGGCUGCCCCUGCCUGCCAAUCACGCGCCGGCAGUUAUCGUCAUUCAUCGUGGUUGCUGCGGGCAGCGUGUGUUGGAGCCGUAGAGGCGGUCUAGUGGAUGGAUGGCGGCAGUGCAGUAAGCCCUGAGGCCAUUCACGUGAUGCCCACCGCCACUCACAGCAACCACCACCUGCCACCCCAGCAGUCGCAGGGCCAGUGGGCGGAGCACAUCACCUCUGGCACUCACCCGCAAGGCUCCCUCUCGUCCAUGUGGUGGCAGAACAUCAUGAAGCGCGUGCCGCUCAGGGUGGGAUCCGCCCACAACAAUGCGGCGCCCACCCGGGACUUGUCCGACAUUCCGUCGGGCGGGAGGGCGGGUUCUCAGCGAGCGUCCGUGGCGUCGGUGGGCAUGUCGGUUGCGAGCGAUCCGGCACACGAGAGGCGGCUGUCUAAUUUGAGCAAUGUGGGCAAGCUGUUCAGGGGGACGGAGGGUGAGGACGGGACGCGGCUGAUUCGGUUCUACGCCAGCGAGGGGGCCAGGGGAGGGGGGGAGGACCUCCCUGACAACACCGUCAGGACAUCAAGAUACACUGUAAGAAAGCAGAUGAGUGAGAUGGAGGCAGAACAAGGUCAGGUCUGGUCUGCCCAUCGCUGUGCUGUGGUGUGCUGUGUGUGUGUGUGCCUGUGUGUGUGUCAUGCACUGCAGGUGCUGAAUAUGGUUCCGAAGAAUCUGUUUGAGCAGUUCAAGCGGGCGGCCAACUUUUGGUUUCUGUGGAUCUCCAUCCUCCAGCUGCUGCCCCAGGAACUCUCACCGACAAACAAGUGCGCAGUGUGCCAAGCCAAGCUAAGCUAGCCCCUCCCUCCAAUCCAAUCUGGCUGUGCUGUGCUGUGCUGUGUGCGCGCUCAGGUGGGCCACAAUCAUGCCGCUGUCGGUCGUCAUCUUCAUCACGGUCGCCUCGCCGCCGACACAGAAUGAAUGCAAUGCGCCCAGCACAUGUGUGCUGAUAUGAUGUUGUGUCUGCUGUGCUGUUCUGUGCUGUGCUGUGCUCUGUGUUGCUCUGUGUGUAGAUGUGCAAGGAUGCGAUCGAGGACCACCGUCGCGCCCUCAACGACCGGUCAGUCAACAACUUCCCCGUCCAGAAGAUCGACCCAUACCUCAAGGAAUCCAAGAUCGUCAAGUGGAAACACCUCAAGGUAGGUAAUGGGCGGACUGGGCUGCGCCGCGCUGCGCUCGGUCAGCAAUCACGGCCGCUGUCCUCUGUCCUCUGUCCUCUGUCCUCUGUCCUCUGUCUCUCUCUCUCCCUCCCUGUGUGUCAGGUGGGCGACAUAGUAGUCUUGGAGAGUGAGCAGGACGUCCCGGCGGACAUAGUGGUGCUCGCCACGAGUGGCGACGAGGGGGAGUGCUACGUUGAGACCGCCAUGCUCGACGGAGAGACCAACCUCAAGCUCAAGCACGCCGUCGAACUCACCAAGAGUGCGCACCGCCACCGCAAACACACACACACACACCCCAAUCCGAUGGACAGACAGACGAGAGUGCGGUGUGUGGUGUGUUGUGGUCGUGUGCACCGCAGACGACAACCAGAUCCGUCUGAUAGCGGCGCUGCGUGGGUUCAUCAAGUGCGAGCUGCCCAACAAGCGGCUCGACUCCUUCAGCGGCACCAUUGGCAAAGACGAGUUCCCCAGAGUCGAACCCAUCGAACAAAAGAACUUCGUUCUCAAAGGUAAGCGGACGGACGCUCCGCUGCGUGUGUGCCGUGCCUUGUGUGUGUCGAUCGACAUUCAUUAUGUAUGUCUGUUUGCUGAUGUGUGUGUGUGUGUGUGUGUGUGGUAGGUUCCAAGAUUCGGAACACCAAGUGGCUGUACGGCGCUGUGGUGUACACCGGGUCGGACACCCGGAUGAUGCAGAAUAGCAAGGCGGCGCCGAGCAAGCGGUCGCGCAUCGAACGGCAGACCAACUACCUCCUCGCCAUCAUAUUCUCUGUCCUCCUCACUGCAUGCAUCGUAAGAACCCCACACCACACACAGGGAGUGUGUCGAUGUGAUUGAUGUGUGUGUGUGUGUAUGUCUAGGUGAGUGUGAUUCUUGCUCUGUCCUUCCCGUUGGGCGAGAAGGUGGAGACCUUCUUUGCCGGCCGUCAAAUGGACUAUGGUAGGUAUCCAACGCAGCGAGAGCCCUGGCUGACUGACAGACAGACAGACAGACAGACAGGGAUGUGUGUCGGUCGGUCCUCGAUGCAUCAUCUUGUCUGUCAUGGAUCAGCCGACAAGAUCUGGAUGAUAGUGACGUUCAUCAUUCUCUACAACAACAUGGUGCCCAUCUCGCUCUACGUCACCAUCGACAUCGUCAAGGGCAUACAGGCCAUUCUCAUCGGUGAGUCGGCACGGCACUCCACCCCGCACACACACACGCACGGAGACAGCACAGCAGAGCACGGCACGGCCUCCUCGGUGUGGUGUGUAUCCGUCCGUCCCAAUGAUUGAUUGCUUCAUCAGAGCGGGAUCCCAACAUGUUCUACGAGAGCGAGAAGCUGGCGGCGACGGGCGCUAAGGCGCGCACCGUCAACCUCAACGACGACCUGGGACAGGCAAUCACACACUCACACACACACAUGGCCUGGCCACUGGCAGUCACACCGAUUGAUGGAUCCUUGUGGCCACCCACCUGCGUCGUGUGUUGUCUUGUCUUGUCUUGUCUUGACUCUGUCUGUGGUGCAGAUUGAGUACGUCUUCUCGGACAAGACGGGCACCAUCACGCAGAACGAGAUGCAAUUCGUGCUGUGCUCCAUCAACGGCACCACCUACGGCGACGAAGUCAGUCAACACAACACAGCACACACUGGUUCGCACACCGACUCUCUCUCUCUCUCUCCCUCCCUCUGUGUGUGUGUGUGUGUGUGUACCAGAGUCUGAUGCAGGACACCUCCUUGCCGACGAUCGAGGCCCUGUCUGACGAGUACCAGGCCGAGGAGACCGCCGGCGACGACCCCCCCGACGCACCCAUGGCCAUGCCCAACCCCGACAAACACGUGCACACCACCCCAUCCGCUCACACCGACCACCAGCACCAGUACCAGCGCAAGACGCCAUCGCCGCCGUCAGUGGGCACACGAGGGAGCAUCAUCAGGACCAUCAGGACCAGCACUGGACAGGCCGUCACGUGAGCCGAGCCGCCAACCACCAGCGCCCCCACACAGAUGUGUGUGUGUGUGUGUGUGUCCGUGUGUGCAGUCGUGACAUCGUGGCGCCGUCCCCCUCGCCGCAGACACAUGCUGGUCGCAGGAUUCAGCGGCGGAUGUCCACCAAGUCGGACAAGACCGUCAUGGACUCGAGCAGCCAGAAGACAUUCGCCGUGGACCCUGCUCUAGGCGGCGCAGCAGGAGGCUGUCCCGGCAGCAGCCAGAAGUCCAUCCAGCGGUCGCCCUCCUCCCCCCCUCCGUCGGCCAGCAAGUCGGCUCCCGAGUAUGCCGUUGUGCGGGCGUGUUUCACCGAGCAGCACACCCGCAGCAACUGGGCGUCGUACAAGACGGAUGGCACACACACGUCCAACCGGGAGAGCGAUCUGGGCGGCACCACGGUGACGGUCAACAUGUACCCGAGGAAACAGAGCGUCUUCGCCGACGCAUUCCUCAAACAGUAAGACAGCUGAAGCGAAGCACAAGCUGGGACGGACGAAGGAUAGGAUGCUGGGACCCUCCCCACCCCUCUCUCUCUGUGUGUCUUUGUUUGUGCGUUGUUCAGGGACUUGGCUGCCGGUGGCAACCAGGCGCACUAUAUUGACGAGUUCUUGCGGUGCAUGGCUCUCUGCCACACAGUCGUCCCCGAGAAGAACGAGUCCGGCACGGUUAGUCAGUCAGCACACAUCACAAGCCCCCCUCCCCCUCCCGCCACACACACGCACCGACCCAAAGACCAGCCGACCGUCUCGCCCUCUGUGUGUUUUGUUUGUAAGAUGAAGUACCAAUCAGCGUCGCCAGACGAGGAGGCCCUGGUGCUGUCGGCCAAGGACAUCGGCUAUGAGCUCGUGGCGCGCACGUCGACGGGCAUGGUGCUCACGGUCAGUGGGAGAGUGACGCAGGACUGACUGACACAGGCGCAGAGACAGACAGACAGACAGACGCCCUUACAUGGCCACGUGUGUCUGUGUGUGUGUGUGAUGUGUCUCUGUCUGUGGUCAGAUAAUGGGACGGACGGUGUCGUUUGAGCAGGUGGGUGUCAACGAGUUCAGCAGCACCAGGAGGAGGAUGUCCGUCAUCGUGCGUGAGGUAGGUCCGCACACACACACACACACACACACACAUUGGCUUGGUCUCCCCGUCUCUCUCUCUGUCUCUCUCUAUGUCUCCCAGCUGCGCGAAGACGGCAGCGACACUGAUGAGGGCGCCACUCUCUACUGCAAGGGUGCAGACAGCGUCAUGCUGUCGCGCCUGGCGCCCGGCCAGGACACAUCCACCGUCGCCAAGCACCUGCAGCGCUUCUCCAUCAACGGACUCAGGACACUCGGUGAGUCACCGAUUGGAUGGAUGGAUGGGUGGGUGGAUGGAUGGCCCAGAAAGGCCGACGUCUCGCCGUCUGUGUGUACCUGUGUGUGUGUGUGAGUCAGUGCUGGCCCGGCGCGUGUUGACGCAGCAGGAGUAUGUGAUGUUCCGCCGUCAGUAUCUCGAGGCCAAGACGACCCUCAUCGACCGCAACGUCCGGCUGGAACAGGUGGCCGAGCGGUGGGAGAGCCGGCUGGAGCUGCUGGGUGCGACGGCUAUAGAGGACCGCAUCCAGGAGGGGGUCGUUGAGACGAUCCGUGCGCUGUUGUACGGCGGGGUGAAGGUGUGGAUGCUCACGGGCGACAAGCAGGAGACGGCUAUCAACAUCGGCCACUCGUGCGGCCUCCUUGAGACCGACACCACUAUCAUCUAUAUCACCAUACCAAAACCUGAAGACAAGAACAAGAACAAGAACAAAGAAACCACGGUGAGUGACACGCAGACACACAGACACACAGACAGAAUGAAUGGCAUCCAUCCAUCCAUCCAUGUGUUGGGAGUGUCCUGUCCGUGUGCGCGUGUGGGCGUAUGUGUGUGGGUGUCUGUGUCUGGGUGAAGGAGGAGGAGACGCCGCCGAAGCCCGAGAAAUCCAAGGAGAAGUCCGAAAAGGACAAGGCCAAGGCAAGCAGAGCGCCGUGACACACAUCACAUACAGAACAGAAUGAAUGGCAUCCUCCAUGUUGUGUGUGUGUGUGUGUGUGCAGGAGGCGAUGAUGGGCUACUAUGAAGACUGCAUAGAGACGCUGAAGAACCCCCAGCUGUCGCGACACCUGGCCGUGGUGGUCGACGGGGAGACACUCUACAAGAUUUUCGACGACUCCGAAAUCAAGGCAAGUCCUAUCUCCCCAAUCAAGCACGCACACGCACACACACACACACACACAUGCAUCCCCUCUCUCUCUCUGUCUGUGUGCCAUGGCCGUCCAGGGUAUGUUCCUCGGCGUGACGCUGCGAGCCCACACCGUCAUUGCCUGUCGUGUAGCGCCGGCGCAGAAGGCGGGGCUGGUGCACCUGGUCAAGUCGUGUGUUCGUCGGCAGCCGAUGAUUCUGGCCAUCGGUGACGGGGCCAAUGACGUGUCGAUGAUCCAGGAGGCCGACGUGGGUGUGGGCAUCAUCGGCAACGAGGGCAUGCAGGCCGUCAGGGCAUCGGACUAUGCCAUCGCUCAGUUCAGGUGUGUGAGGCAGGGAGGGAUGGAUGGCGGGAUGGGUGCGUGUGGAGUGGACACACACGUGUGUGCGUGUGUUGUGUGUCUGCCUGCAGGUUCCUGCAGCAUCUGCUCUUCCUCCACGGCCGCAGAAACUACAACCGCAUCUCGGCCGUGAGUAAAGUGGGACGGGGCGGGCACACCACAUACUCACCCACACCAUGUCAUGUGGCCAUCCAUCCAUGUCAUGUGUGCGUGUGUGUCGGUGUGUCGGUGUGUCGACAGAUCAUUUUGUACUCCUUCUUCAAGAACAUCUGUCUGGUCAUCCAGAACUUCUUCUUCUUCUUCAACAACGGCCACAGCGGCACCACGCUGUUCGAGUCAUGGCUGCUCCUCUCCUACAACCUCAUUUGGACCUCCCUGCCCAUCUUUGUUCACGGCUUCAUCGAGCGAGACCUCCCGCAGGACGUCUGCAUGAGAUUCCCAAUCCUAUACGUCCAGGUGGGUGGGUGUGUGGCGGGAGGGCGGGAAAAAAGCUUGACCGCAUUCAGCUUCGUCGCUGACUGACAAAGACAACACACACCAACCCACCACACACAAAUGGAGUGGACACCUUCGUCCCUGCCCCUCUCUCUCUCCUUGUGUGUGCUGAUGUUGAUGUGGUGUGUCAGGGUCAGCAUCGUUUGUCGUUCAAUGCGCGCAUCUUCACUGAGUGGGCGUUGCGCGGUGUGCUGUACGGCUUCAUCAACUCGGUGGUCAUGUGGAUGGCAUUCCGCCGGGAUGCCUACGCAAUCGACGCCAGCGGACAACCAGCUGACUACUACGCUAUGGGUGUGGUGGUUGCGCUGGAAUGGGACAGCCCGCCCUCACCGUGACACGCUCAUGAGUCUGAUCUGAUCUGUUGUGUGCAGGUACGAUCUCGUUCUUCACGACGAUCGUCAUAGUGACGGUGAAGCUGGCCUUCGAAACACGGCACUGGACGUGGCUCUUCACGGUCGUGACGGUCAUAUCGGUGGUGUUCUUCUUCCCAUUCCUCGCCGUCUACGCCGCCAUCGGCUGGCCCGAGCCGCAGAUGGGCGGCAUGGCCGAGGCGGUCUUCGGCUCGAGCACCUUCUGGUUCGCCGCCAUCCUCUCGUGUGGCACCUGCUUCCUCAUCGACUUCGCCACCUACUACGUGCGGCGAUAUCUCUUCCCGUGAGUGCAGUGGAGUGGAGUGGAGUGGAGGCAUGCAGAGCAGUGGAUGGCUUCGUGUGUGUGUGUCUGUGUAGGAGCCCGGUGGAUCUGCUUGACACAUGGCUGUUCCGGAGUCGGGGCCACUACGUCGACGACGAGGCCACGCUGGAGGAAGUGUGCUAUCGGGCCGAGGUGGACGCCAAUCCGCACCGCAACAUAUACCGGCGGAUCGUCAUGAAGGACCACCACAAGCGGCCCGACCGCCCGUCGCUCGACAGCGAGGACCCCAAGAACCCCGCCUCCUACGUCGACAGCAAGCUGUCCAUCUUCUGGCUGACCUUCCACGACCAGCACACCGAGCGCAGGUUCCAGUACCAAAACACGCUCUCCUGUCUGCGGGCCCUGCGGCUGUCGGUGCUCAUCAUCUCCGCCGUCAUUCUCAUCUACGCGCUGCUGCACUUCAUCUACUUCUACGAGGAGGGCGAGCAGGACUUCGACGACUGCCACUCGGACGACCGGAGGCUGCUGACAGCAAACGGCACGCUACAAGCAGGGAAUCAGGGAAAAACGAGAGUGCGGCUUGGGGAGGACUACGACGAGUCGCACGGCGACGAUUCGCAGGACGUCCUGUCGCUGGGGCGUGUGUGGCUGCUGUUCGUGCCGCUGCUGGGGCCGGCCGCCUACUCCCUGACCUUCAGCAGAUUCAUGCAGGUCAGGUGGGGGCACACACAGCGACUGACUGGGGGGCACACACACACACACACAUACACACACACACACAGGGGGGGGCGUCAACUUUGUGGAUUGUUGUGUAUGUGUGUGUGUGUUUGUGUGUGUGUGGUGCAGCGUUAUUGUGCUCACGUGAUGGUUGCCGUGGUCGUCGUGGCGGACUUCGUCAAGGUAACCGACAGUCCACGCACAAGGAGCAGCCGCACAGGCCAGGCAGCCCUCCCUCCCUUAUCCAUCCCUAUCUCCCUCCCUCCCUCCCUCUCCUCUGUGUGUUGUGUGUUGGUUGGCCCCACCCCAAUCCAAUCCAAUCCAAUCGACGAGCAGAUGUUUAUGGAUGCGGUGCAGCGCACGGACGGCGUGCAGUUUGCGGCCAUGUACCCUAUCGGCACAUUCGUCGUGUUCCGCAUCCCAUUCAAACACGCCGUCUGGAUCAACGCGCUGCACCUCUUUCUCUUCUCCGUCAGGUGCAAUGCGCUCACCUCACCCCACUCCCCCACAUCUGCACCACACACACUCCCACACACUCCCUCCCACGCAGAGAGAGGGACACUGUGUCUGUCUGUCUGUCUGGUGUGUGUCAGGUACACGGCGGGUGCGUGGAUCUUCGAUGUGGAGGUGCCGACCCACAGCCAGGACCUGCCCAAGAUGGUCAUGUUCCGGCGGAACCUCUACACCAUGUGCGACUACUGGCCGGUGCUCUUCGGCAUCACCUUCUUCACCGCAUUCGUCGGCUACCGACUCGAGUACUACCAGCGGUCAGAGUUCCUCCUUGACCAGCAAUUCGCGAGGGAGAGGAGGCGGCAGAAGGACAUCCUCAACAACAUGUUGCCAUCUUUCGUUGUGGACAAGGUGAGGUGCUGUGGUCGGGGUGUGUGUGUGUGAGGAGGGGGGCUGUGUGUAUGGCUGUGGUUGUCUGUCUGGUGGUCUGCUGCUGCAGAUAGUGCACACCAAGGGCGACUGGAAGAAUGAACGCAAGAAUGUCGCGCAGGAGUGGCAGGCCGUCAGUGUGGUCUUCUGCGACAUCUACGACUUCAUCAGCAUCGUGGCCGCCGUCGAGCCCAUCACACUCGUCACCAUCCUCGACCGCCUCUUCACCCACUUCGACCGACUCAGCGACCGGUUCCGCGUCGCCAAGAUCGAGACGGUCAGCGAGACCUACCUCGCCGCAGCGGGGCUCAACACAGAGGAGGGGGGCGAGAGCGUGACCAGCGAGGAGGCGGCACGGGACGCGGUGUCUGCACUGAAGCUGGCCAUUGCGAUGCUUGACUCGACCAGCAAGAUGCUCGUGGACCUCAAGAAGCAGACACAGGGGGGGGACGGGGCCACCACCGAGCGAAGGCCGCUGCAGGUCGGUCUGCGAACCUUACGGAUGUGUGUGUGUAUGUAUGUUGCCUCUGUCUUUCUUUUGUAUGCAGGUCAAGAUCGGCAUCCACACUGGGAGGGUCAUAUCGGGUGUGGUCGGGUCGAGGAAACCGCAAUACGCCCUCUUCGGCGACACGGUAGACACACACACAAACAAGGGCGAGAUAGAGAGAGAGAGAGAACCUGCUGACUGUUGAUGUGUUGAUGUGUGUGUGUGUGUGUGUGGCGCAGGUCAACACAGCCUCCCGGAUGAAGUCCACCGGGGAGCCGCAGCACGUCCACAUAUCGGACGCCACUUACGCGCUGGUCCAGGUCACCAGACACAACACCCCACCCCACACACACUGGCUGGCUGUCUUGCUGGCUGCCUCACGCUGUGCUGUGUUGUGCAUUGUGUUGUGUGUGUCCUGCCUGACAGGACAACAGCCACUUUGUGUGGGAGCCACGCAAGACGCAGGUCAAGGGCAAGGGCAUCAUGGACACAUACCUGCUCGUCGACUACGACCAAGAACAUCUGUAAGUGAAUUGCCCGACCGAAGCCACCCACCCAGAAUACUCACACAGCACAGCCAUGCAGUGCAGUGCAGUCACCCCACUCUCUCCCGUCUCUGUGUGUGUGGAUGCCCUUGAUGCCAGUCUUGGUGCGGUGAUGCGGGGCCUGCCUGGCCAGACGCGGAUGGCAAAGGGGUCACUCAGCCAAGCGCAACAGGUAGGUACCUACACGCCUGCCUCAUGCACCCACACAUCCCAUUCCUCCCCACGUGUGUGUGUGUGUCGGAUCUGUGUGUGUCUCUUCUGGUCUGAUAGGGCGGCGUGGCGCUCGACAGUGCCAUCCCCGAGAAGGCCAACGCCCUGCAGAAAAAUCUCCUCAAAAUGAUGAAGUCAGCCGACAACGUCGAGGAAACACGCGACACGUCAAUGACCCCCAACACCAGCACCGCCCCCGCACCACCAGCCAUCACCUACACUAAUCCGCCAGGGGGGCAGCAGCCGGGGGCCAGUGGUGGUGGCGGUGAGGAUCGGCGGCGGCGGAGCAGCAAGACGGUCAAGGGGCUGCCGGCCGACACGAGCGGUGCGCUCGACGCGGGCGAGGAGGGCAGGUUCAUGCUGGACAGGAAGGAGCUCAGCUGGUUCCUCGUCUUCCACCAGAAGGACAGAGAAAUGAGAUACCUCGACUCGGUAUGUCUGUGAGGGAGGGAGGGAGGGAGGGAGACAGACAGACAGACAGACGGAGGGGCAGACAGAGGGGCAGUGUGUGUGUGUGUGUGUGGUGCAGAUCUUGUUCAACAAGUACGUCUUCAUCAACAUGGAGCGGGCCCUGCGCAUCUGGAUCGUGGCCUACCUGCUGCAAACCCUCGAGCUGCGGUUCAUCCCCCAGCCACACAUGGCCCUCGCGGACACGGACAAACAAGAGUGCGAACCCACAUACGACAGACAGGUGAGUGACGUGUGGACCACACCACACCACACACGUGCAGACCUCACUCAGCCUCACCCAGCUUCUCUUUUCGUCAGAUUGACUACUCGAUGCUCUUGCUGGGCCGCUCGACCCUCAUCGUGAUCUUCCUGAGCCUGUGGCUGACGCUGCGCAACCGGGAGAGCCCCAUUUGGCAGGGGGCGCUGACGGGCCGCAACUCCGUCAGGCUCAUCUACGCCGCCACGUUUGGGUACUUCACGGGCGCCCUCAUCUCCACCUUUCAACCAGGUCAGCCAGCCAAUUUACUGCACAGCGCAACCACAAGCCAGCCAAGUGUGUGCUGUGCGCGUGUAGGGUGGAUUUAUGCGGGCCCGAUUCCGCCGAGUUUGUGUCACAAGAGCGGUUUGUUCGUCAACACCAUCGACCUCUUCUUCUGGCAGGCCAUCCUCAACUUCAACAGCCAGAUGCUCUUCCACCGUCUCAUACCCUUCAACUUGGCCAUCGUCGUCGUCUACAGCGCAUACGCACUCCACAUCAAGUCUGCGACGCCCCGCAGCACACUCAGAAAGACAGACAGACACACACCCAUCCAUCCAUUCAUGUGUGUGUGUGUGUGUGUGUGUGUGUUGGCGGCCAGUUUGCGCAAUCUGAUGCCGCUGGUGUCGGAGGACGCACCGCAGUGUGCGUGCGAUUUGGGCAAGGAGGUGGCGUGUCAGUGUAUCCUCAGCAAGGCAAUAGCGUGCGAGGCCGUCAAGGCCAUCGAGCCCAUCCUCAUGGUCGUCGCCUUCAUGUUUCUCAUCGGCGCCUCCGUCUACUUCAAAGUGACCACAGAGAGACGCACAGAGACAGAGAGAGAGAGAGAGAGGGGGAUCCCGCAAUCAUGUGAGUGUCUGCUCUGCGUGGUGUGUGGAUGGAGUAGGAGUAUUUCCAGCGUGUGACUUUUGUGUUGAACGAGGAGGCCAAUGAGGUGGAGCAGCGGGCCAACCUCCUGCUGCAGGACAUGCUGCCCCCACAAGUCAGUGAAGUGCCUACCCCCACCACACACACCACACCACAGCCAUAGGGCCACGUCAUGUGUGCUCCCUCUCUGUGGCUUUGUGUGUGUUUGUGUGUGGGUAUAUGUGGGUAGGUGUUGGCAGAGAUGAAGGUCGACAGCCUGCAGCUGGCCCAUGGCUACGACCAGAUGACCUUCCUGUUCGCCGACAUAUGCGGCUUCACCUCUUACGCAAAGACAGUGCCGCCAGAACGGGUAAGUGCGGUACGGUGGGCGGCCGGCCGGCCGAUAUAUGGACUGACUGGACAUCCCUCUCUUUCUCUCUCUCUGCGUGUGUGUGUGUGUGUCGGCCGACAGGUGGUGGAGCUGCUGCUGCAGCUGUUUGACCGCUUUGACGACAUCACACGAGAGACCAAGCUCUACAAGGUGGGCCGCCGCCAAGCAACACACACCACCCAAGGCACCAGCCACGAAUGCCCAUCCUUCUCAGGUGUGCACCAUCGGCGAUGCCUAUGUGGCGGUGUCCGAGCCCGUCAAGGCCCAGGACCACGACGUCCUCGGCGGUGAGUUUUGUACUGAAGAACCGUCAGACGUCACACACACACGGGGCGGGGCGGGUCGUGUGUCGGUCGAUUGAUGUGUUUGUUUGUGUAUCAGGUGCGUUGAAGGUGCUGAGGAUGGCCCACAAGAUGAUCCGACACAUACAGGACGUCCGCGAAAAGCUCAAGGUAGGUGGGUAGGUAUCCACCCCAACCGCCACACGACCUUCAGCGGGCUCCCCAUGCGUGUGUGUGUGGGCGUGAAUGGAAUGUGGCCGUUUGUUCGUUGCUGAUCGAUCUCUUUGUCAGAUUCCCGAUCUCAACAUGCGCAUUGGGUCGCACCUGGGGUACUUCGUGGGCGGCAUCAUCGGCACCAAGAAGGUGAGGUGGGCAGCCGUGGCCAGCUGGCACAGCACAGCAGCCUGCCCCAUGCAUGUUGUGUGGUGGCAACUGUGUUCGUGUCUGUCAAUCCAUUCAUCCACCCAUCCAUCAGUUGCGGUAUGACAUAUGGGGUUUGGACGUGUUGACGGGCAACAUGAUGGAGAGCAACGGCGAGCCCGGCAAGAUCUGCGUGUCUCACACUCUCAAGGCCUACCUCUCCGAACACUGCAAAGACAGAUUCACCUUCAAGCAACACAAGCUCGUCACGGUAAGCCAAGCCCCCAACCGAUCGCUCUCCCACACCACAUGCCCGCUGACAUGCCAUGCGUGUGUGUGGUGUCCGACUGACUCACCAGGUGGUGGAGAAGGUGCAGGUGCAGUCGUAUCUGCUGACGGAUUCUGAGGACACGACGACCCACUUCGCGCCGAGCAGCGACAGCAAGACGCACACCAAGCUCAUGUCGGCCAUCGACAAGGUGCGGAGCCAACACAGACGGGAGGCCAGGGAGAAAGCCGCCAGAAGGAGAGGCAGCCAAGUGUCCACCUGGCCCAGAAGGAGAGGCAGCCAAGCGUCCACCUCGGUCGGUAACACACCUCCCGCCCUGCAACGACCACACGCGUCCCUGCGUGUGUGUCCUUGUCCUGUCCAUCUCUAUCUGCCUGUGUGCUGUGGUGUAGAUGAGUCACCUGACGGGCAUUCCGGCGACCCGGCAAGGCAGUGGCGGCGACGUCAUGAGCGACGUCUUGCCCGCCAUCUCGUCCGCCAUCUUCACCUCCAUGCCCCAUGUCGACCGACGGCCAUCUAUGCCGCCCAUCAAUGACGGCACACACAAGCCCCAGUACCAGCAACACCUCUCGCCAGCCGAGGCGCCACCGACCAGGCUCACACACGGUCCGCCAUUCCCAAGCGACGAGGGGCCCCCCAUCAACAGACCGAGACGGUCCAGCAGAGAGCACAGACGAGAGCAGAACGGCUUUCCCCCACCCCAUCCCCAACCCCACACCCACACCCACGCAGAGGACAUACCCACCGUCAACAGGGCCAGGAUGCGGCACUCCGUCGAUGCGGUCCCACCAGUGUCAGCCGUCCGGCCGCCCCCUCCCCCGCGCCGUUCAUCGGCGCCCUCCCCGGCCCCCCACUCCCCAAUGAGUGCCCACCGAAGCAUGGCCGUGCGCGUGGCGGCCGUGGCGGGCGACUCGGUUCAGCAUGACGUUGUGCCUGCUGACGAAGCAGAUGAAGACAAUGACGAUGAGAACUUCACGAGCUAGGUUGCCGUGUGUGCCUCAAAGCAGUAGAGGAGAGAGACAGAGAGAGCACGCAGCUUAAGCUAUGUAGUUGGUGGGCGCGGAUACGUACCGAUCAGACUGUCGGCGCAUUUCGUAGGGGGCCGGGUGGCGGGGUGGGGUGGGGUGAUUGCUCGCCGGCUAAUCUACCUCUGGGCUGCGUGUGGGUGGGUGUUUGUCUGUCUGUCUGUCUGUGUCUGCUCUCUCUCGUCGCGCCCACCGAUCCAUUCGUUCGUUCACGCGUGAGUGUGUGUGUGGGUGCACAUGUGUGUGUGUGGACAGACAGUCGUAUUUGUUGGCCCCCAGCUGUCUGUCUGUCUGUCUGUCUGAAAAUGAAGAGAACGCGAAGAAGCGAAAGCAGAAGUUUGUCGGGUUCAUGUGCCAUCCUUUUUUUCUCAUUCCCUUGCCGGCCCGUGUGGUCCAUCCCAGGUCUGUGUGUAUGUAGUUCUAGGAGACUGGCUCGUUUCGUGGACUCUCCCGUCUUCAAUGCAUCCGUCA